AAAUCAUGACUACCCCAGGAAAAGAGAACUUUCGCCUGAAAAGUUAUAAAAAUAAGUCCCUGAAUCCUGAUGAGAUGCGCAGGAGAAGGGAGGAAGAAGGACUACAGUUACGUAAGCAGAAAAGAGAAGAGCAGUUAUUCAAGCGAAGAAAUGUUGCUACAGCAGAAGAAGAAACAGAAGAAGAAGUUAUGUCAGAUGGAGGCUUCCAUGAGGCCCAGAUUAAUAACAUGGAAAUGGCACCAGGUGGUGUUAUUACUUCCGACAUGAUUGAAAUGAUAUUUUCCAAUAGCCCAGAGCAACAGCUUUCAGCAACACAGAAAUUCAGAAAACUGCUUUCAAAAGAACCUAAUCCUCCUAUUGAUGAAGUCAUCAGCACACCAGGAGUAGUGGCCAGGUUUGUGGAGUUCCUCAAACGAAAAGAGAAUUGUACCCUGCAGUUUGAAUCAGCUUGGGUACUGACAAAUAUUGCUUCAGGAAAUUCUCUUCAGACCCGGAUUGUGAUUCAAGCAGGAGCUGUGCCUAUCUUCAUAGAGUUGCUCAGCUCAGAGUUUGAAGAUGUCCAGGAGCAGGCAGUCUGGGCCCUUGGCAACAUUGCUGGAGAUAGUACCAUGUGCAGGGACUAUGUCUUAGACUGCAAUAUUCUUCCUCCUCUUUUGCAAUUAUUUUCAAAGCAAAACCGCCUGACCAUGACCCGGAAUGCAGUAUGGGCUUUGUCUAAUCUCUGUAGAGGGAAAAGUCCACCUCCAGAAUUUGCAAAGGUUUCCCCCUGUCUGAAUGUGCUUUCCUGGUUGCUCUUUGUCAGUGACACUGAUGUAUUGGCUGAUGCCUGCUGGGCUCUGUCUUAUCUAUCAGAUGGGCCCAAUGAUAAAAUUCAAGCAGUCAUUGAUGCAGGAGUAUGUAGGAGACUGGUGGAACUGCUGAUGCAUAAUGAUUAUAAAGUCGUUUCUCCUGCUUUGCGGGCUGUGGGAAACAUUGUCACAGGCGAUGAUAUUCAGACACAGGUAAUUCUGAAUUGCUCAGCUCUACAGAGUUUGUUGCAUUUGCUGAGUAGCCCAAAGGAGUCUAUCAAAAAGGAAGCAUGUUGGACAAUAUCUAAUAUCACAGCUGGAAACAGGGCACAGAUCCAGACUGUGAUAGAUGCCAACAUUUUUCCAGCCCUCAUUAGUAUACUACAAACUGCUGAGUUUCGGACAAGGAAAGAAGCAGCUUGGGCCAUCACAAAUGCAACUUCUGGAGGAUCAGCUGAACAAAUCAAGUACCUCGUAGAAUUGGGCUGUAUCAAGCCACUCUGUGAUCUCCUCACAGUCAUGGACUCUAAGAUUGUACAGGUUGCCCUAAAUGGCUUGGAAAACAUCCUGAGGCUUGGAGAACAAGAAGCCAAAAGGAACGGCACUGGCAUUAAUCCUUACUGUGCUUUGAUUGAAGAGGCUUAUGGUCUGGAUAAAAUUGAAUUCUUACAGAGUCAUGAAAACCAGGAGAUCUACCAGAAGGCCUUUGAUCUUAUUGAGCAUUACUUCGGGACCGAGGAUGAGGACAGCAGCAUUGCACCUCAGGUUGACCUUAGCCAGCAGCAGUACAUCUUCCAGCAGUGUGAGGCGCCUAUGGAAGGGUUCCAGCUUUGAAGCAAUACUCUGCUUUCAUGUUCCUGUGUCAGACCAGGCUACCCAGUCAAGUCCUCUUGUGGAGCCCACAGUCCUCAUGGAGCUAACUUCUCAAAUGUUUUCCAUAAUACUGUUUGCGCUCAUUUGCUUGCCUUGCGCACCUGCUCUCUUACACACAUCUGGAAAACCUCUGGCUCUCUGUGGUGGAA